CGCGGGGACACUGCAAGCCUCCAAGACAACCGACCUCUGCAUUGUACUUUGUUCAAAUAGAGCGCGUCUUUUGUAGGGGCUGGAGUAAAUGGGGAAGAGUAAGGAGGACAACCUUUGCAUGCAGGGCCGGUGCUUGAUAUUUGGUCUUCUCGUUCUGGUUCUUUUCGCGGCCAGCGCGUCGUCUCGCGACAUCAUCAAGAACCUCCCGGGCUACGAUGGCGAGCUUCCCUUCACGCUGGAAACAGGAUACAUAGGAGUGGGAGAGACAGAGGACGUGCAGCUGUUCUACUACUUCGUGGAGUCUCAGAGAUCGCCGUCGAUUGACCCUGUCUUGCUCUGGCUCACUGGCGGUCCUGGCUGUUCCACCCUCUUGGCUUUCUUCUACGAGAGCGGUCCAUUAAGUUUUACAUAUGCAGGAUACAAUGGGAGCUUGCCGUCCCUUACAUUGAAUCCCUAUACAUGGACAAAGGCCCUCAAUAUAAUCUAUCUAGAUCAACCAGUAGGCACUGGAUUCUCUUACUCAACAAGCCAAGAAGGUUAUGACACUGGCGACGUAAAAUCCGCAGCCUUAACUUAUGAGUUCAUAAGAAAGUGGAUGUUGAGUCAUCCCGAGUUCAAGUCAAACCAACUGUACGUCGGUGGAGAUUCUUACUCGGGGGUAACUGUUCCCUUAGUCGUCCAAGCAAUCAUGGAUAGUAAUCAAGAUAUGGUAUAUCCACAAAUGAACCUCAAGGGUUAUGUGCUCGGGAAUCCUAAGACGGAUACUUUUAUUGAUGAUAACUCCAGGUUAUCAUUUGCAAACAGGCUGACCCUUAUUCCUGAUGAGCUCUUUCUGACGGCCAAUGAAACUUGCAAUGGGGACUUUGUGACUGAACAAACAGACAAUGAAAAAUGCGAGGCAGCUAUGCAAACCUUUGAAGAUUUGAUCCGUCAAAUAAAUUUGCAACAAGUUUUAGAACCAGCAUGUACGAUGACAUCCCCAGAACCAAAUGAAAUGAAUUGGGACAGGAGAUCUUUAAGAGAACAGUCCCGAGAGCUUCUCCGUUUACAUAAUAAGGACACUGCAUACUGGUGCAGGAAUUAUCGUCAUGUGCUAAGUGGAGUUUGGGCAAACGAUAAAUCCGUGCAGGAUGCUCUUCAUAUUCGACUGGGAAUGAUAAAUCUUUGGAAGAUGUGCAACAGCAGUAUAUCUUACGACCAGGAAUUCGAUAGUGUUAUUAGCUAUCAUCAGAACUUCUCUCAGAAGUCAGAGUUAAGAGCUUUGAUAUACAGCGGCGACCAUGACAUGUCUAUUCCCCACCUUGCAACUCGGCAAUGGAUCCAAUCUCUCAAUAUGACUCUGUACGAUUCAUGGCGAGCAUGGUACCUAAAUGCACAAGUCGCGGGUUACACGGAAGAAUACGAGAAUAACGAUUAUACUCUCAACUUUGUGAUUGUAAAGGGCGGGGGACAUAUUGCCGCAGAGUACAAGCAGGAGGAAUGCUAUGCUAUGAUAGAUAGAUGGUUUGCUUAUUAUCCUCUCUAGACGGCCAAUGGUUACACGAGGAACAGUAAAGAGUGCCUCAUCAGGAGCCAAUGCAUCUAUCAUCCCAUGAAAUGUAUCGUUUCACAUUUCCAAAUUCUGCGGCCGGAUUACAAGAAGCGGUAGCAUUGAGAGAAGUAGGCAUAUUGAUUAAAUCGAAAGAGUGCGUAGCGCGUAUCAUGAGGGUCUGAGCUAUGUAUGCAUCCGAGAAUUAUUUCCAUGUCACUUGAUAGAGAGACGAUUGAGCAAACCAGUUGUGAGAAUGGAUCUUAAUUUUUUUUUAUUUUGAAAUUAUUGAAUAAUAAUAAAUUGAGCAUA